CUGUCGCACACCGGGUGUAUCCCACGAGCUAAGCUAGGCUAGUCAGAUGUAGCCAAGUAGCUAUCGAUAAUUGUAAUCAUACGUAUGCAGUAGUACAAUGAACAUCACAAACACGAUUACUGAGACAAAUGGUGACAAAAUAAUGUAUUGUGCCAUUUUAUUCUACACUAUUAUCCGUGACUUGCACUCAUUCUGAUGAGUUGUGAAAAGAACUGUAUAAAAAAAAACAUUAGCUAGCUGCCCCGCUCGGUUUGUUAGCUCUGUGCUCCUAGCCUCUUCAGUAGCGUAUGGGUGUCCGAGUUAGCCGUGACUCCACUGCCUGUCUGGUUUCCUCAUCUGGCAUUUUGGACACGUCAAGGUUCCUCCGGGUUGUAAAGUGACUGUCGAGGGAGUGGGAUGUCGGAACCGAAGAACCCGCCCCCCGCUGGAGACACGUACAAAGGAUGGGUCUUCAAGUGGACGAACUACAUCAAGGGUUACCAGAGGAGGUGGUUCGUGCUGAGCAAUGGACUGCUGUCGUACUACAGAACCCAGGCGGAGAUGGGUCACACGUGCCGGGGCACCAUCAACUUGGCCACAGCGACCAUCACCGUGGACGACGCCUGCAACUUCGUCAUCUCAAACGGGGGCGCCCAGACGUACCACCUGAAGGCCAGCUGUGAGGUGGAGCGGCAGAAAUGGAUCACCGCCCUGGAGCUCGCUAAAGCCAAAGCAGUCCGCAUUCAGGCCGAGUCCGAUGACUCCGGUGACGACUUUUCUCCRUCAGCCCUACCGGUGGCCCCCGGUCAGGGUGCUGGGUCGCAAAACUCCGAGGUCCAGUCUACUCUCAGAACACUAGGCAGCAAGGUGGAGGAUCUCAGCACGUGCAACGAUCUGAUCUCAAAGCACGGCUCUGCCCUCCAGAGGUCUUUGUCUGAGCUGGACAGCUUACGUCUGACUGCGGACGCCGGGGACAAGAUUCGUCAGGUGACGGAAAGAGCCACACUGUUCCGCAUCACCUCCAACGCCAUGAUUAACGCCUGCAGAGACUUCCUGGCCCUGGCACAGGCUCACAGCAAGCGAUGGCAGAAAGCUUUGCAGGCAGAGCGGGAGCAGAGGGUGCGGCUGGAGGAGGCUUUGGAACAACUGGCUAAACAGCACAAUCACCUGGAGCGGGCGUUCCGGGGGGCCGCACAGGCUAAUGCUACUGUGGACAAUAAGGGUGCUGUAGGGCCGGGUAAAGGUGAAGCCAGCGAUGAGGAUGAUGAUAACGAGUUUUUCGACGCCAUGGAAGAGGCUCCUGAGUUCAUCACUGUACCUGCCGACCCGCAGUUCCACAAAAGAUCGAGCAGUAACGCCAGCGGUCUCAACAAUGAAAUGUGUGCUGACGAUCAGUCGCUCAACGAGGAGCCUCUGGCGAUGAACCAAGAGUCCCCCUCUCAGGACUUAGUGCCCCUAAAAAAGAGGCGAACGCGCAUCCCGGACAAACCGAACUACUCUCUCAACUUGUGGAGCAUCAUGAAGAACUGCAUCGGCAAAGACCUGUCCAAGAUCCCGAUGCCU